ACAAACGUUAACCGGGAAUUCCCCGAAGAUCCCUUGAUUAUUCUUAAUAGUGGUAUCUGUUACGUCACAAUACAAGAACAUGGCGUCAGGGGCUAUUAUGACGCAAUAUAGCCCUGAUGAUGACGUAACAGAACAUACUCAAACGUCACCAAGGCCAGAUUGUGACGUAACAAGAGUAACAAAAGAUACGUCAUCACCACGAGGUAGUCCUACGUCACCGGUAACCAUGGCAACAAUGGAAGAAUGCAAGAGCGCUGGUACAACGGUGCUUAUUCAACAGAUGCGUGACGUCACUCCGAUUAUGACGUCGGAUAUUACCGAACAAACGUUCGUUGAAACGUCAUCAAAGUACAACAAUGAAGGUGCAGGUUUCAGUCCGGUUCAGUUCCAGCCACAGAUAAUGAUUCCAGAAUCGAGCUUUGCUCCUCCAACCGCGAUUCCUGUCGAUUAUCAAGUGACGUCACAAGCAGAGGAGACGUCUACACAAUCACAGAUUGAUUACGCAACAAUGCAAAGUCAGUUCCACUAUCCGAGGUUCCCCACACAAACAGAAUUAACAGGAAAUCGCGCGAUCAAACUAGAGGGCGCCCCACAGCCGGCCUAUUCUUACGUCACACAAGGAUUUCCAGCACAUGCGCAGUACGCUAUACCAGGUGCCGGGGGAGGUUAUGGCUACGGUGGUCACGCGUCGUUGACCACUGGACAUAAUAUGAACACGUCACAACAGGAAGGGUACGGUGGUUCCGGGUAUGCGCACUACUACCCGACGCAGGGUGGUUACUUCCCUAGCAACACUGCUACGUCAGUGAUGACGUCACCGGUGACGUAUCAGCUCCAGGAACCGCCGCCAGAGCAUAAUAUAGCUGGCGAGCCGAUCAAAUACACGGUUGAUGAUUUGGACAGAAGGAAGGGAGGGAAGGCGAAGACACGGAACAGCCGGAAGAAUCCCUCCCCAGGUCCCGAUGCACAAUUAGAGCGAGUCUUCGUCUGGGACCUUGACGAAACAAUCAUUAUUUUUCAUUCCCUGUUGACGUCAUCGUAUGCACAAAGAUACGGCAAGGACGCUUCAAGCACGUGCGCUCUCGGUUUAAGAAUGGAAGAACUCAUCUUCAACCUGGCCGAUAACCAUCUGUUUUUCAACGACUUAGAGGAAUGUGAUCAAGUCCACAUUGAUGACGUAUCAUCCGACGACAACGGGCAAGACUUAUCAACUUACAAUUUCUCAACCGAUGGUUUUCGCUCCAACACUGGCAACGUUUGCAUGGCGACCGGGGUUCGAGGGGGCGUAGAUUGGAUGCGAAAGUUGGCGUUCAGAUACCGUAGGAUCAAGGAAAUGUACGAAACAUACGCAGGCAAUGUACAAAGUUUACUUCCCAACCACGGUCGGGACGCUUGGGCGCAACUUAGGUCCGACCUCGAGAAUGUGACGGAUUCUUGGCUCACCUUGGCGAUGAAGUCGCUUAAUAUUAUAAACCAAAGAUCGAACUGUGUGAACGUGUUAGCCACCACCACACAACUGGUGCCAGCGUUGGCCAAGCUGUUCCUAUAUGGGCUGGGUGAAGUUUUCAACAUAGAGAACGUAUAUAGCGCCACCAAGAUUGGCAAGGAAAGUUGUUUCGAGAGAAUUAUUCAAAGAUUUGGCCGAAAUGUGACGUAUGUUGCUAUUGGCGACGGUCGGGACGAGGAGCAAGCCGCCAAAGUUCAUAAUAUGCCAUUCUGGAGAAUUUCUUCUCAUUCGGAUCUUAUGGCGUUACAUCACGCCUUGGAACAAGAUUAUCUGUGAGUGACGUCAACAGUAUGAGUAUGACGUCACCAGGGAUGACGUCAUGAACUUGAAAUCGGAUUGCGCGUUCGCUACAGCGAUUUCGUGCAAUUUAUUCAUCUCGGUUUGAGAUUAUUACGUCAUAAUGCCGUUUGUUUCAUGAUGACGUGUAUUCCGUGUGUGACGUAACACUUCAAUGUUGUUACGUCAUAAACAUGGGGCUGCUCCAAGCAUUGUUCCAUGACAAUUAUGUAAAAGCGCCAAAAGUGUAAGCAGUGUUACGUCACGAUUACCAAUGUGACGUCAUUUUGCGGUGAAGUAAAAAUGUUGUAAAUUUUGUCAUAAUGUUUGUUUGUGCCACGUCACAAUCCUAAACAAUAGCGAUUGUGACGUAACAGUGAACCUGUCAGCUGCAGCGAG